GUGGCGCUGCCUGGCUAUGGCUGCUCCCCGCCUCGCUCUCGCUCUCUCGCCUCCCUCCCUCCCUCCCUCCCUCACUCGCAAGUUCUUCCUUCCCUGCGUCUCUGUGUUCCUGUGCUUGUGUACCUUCCUGCUUGCCUCAUGCACCCACGAUCUCAUUCUCUCUCUUUCCUCGCUUUGCUUGCCAUUGAGCAAUAGAUGAGCCCAUGAGCUUGUUGCUUGGGAUUGGCUUGCUAGCUCGCUCCGCUCUUUGAGGCCCAAAACCUCGAUCCUACUGCCCCCUUCUCACGCGUUUCCACCUUUACCACCUGCUUCGCGAUCACCCAUCUCGACCUGUUUGUUGAUCGUCGUCAUGCUGCUCAGGCACUGGUGACGACGUUUCACAGUCGUGUGUUUCAGCAAAACUGACCAAGAACGAAUGAAUUCCACACAUUCCUUUGGUAGCAAAUGCGUCGACGCGAAAGUUGCUGCUUGUGCGAAUGGAGUGCGCUGGAUUUUGUCUACUGUCAGCAGCCGAGCAAUGAGAUGAAGGCGUGUAGAUGUGCUCAGAAAUGUGGGUGGGAUAACUGGGAAAAAUGUGAACUAGCAGUGGUCCAAGUAUGGUGAGGGCUUUCAUGUGGGCGUGUUGGUGGAAUAAGGUGGAGAAUCUGUAGGCAGCGUUCUAGCUCAUGCGUCUCCUAGUUCCCACCAAGUGGAGAUAGGGAGGAAGAUGAAGUCGGAUGUUGCUCUCGACCAUGCUGCUUUCCAGCUUACGCCAUCACGGAACAGGUGCGAGCUCGUAGUAGUCUGGGGAGAGGAGACAGAGCGGUUAGCUUCUGGCCUUCUUAAACCUUUUCUAGUGCACUUGAAAGCUGCUGAAGACCAAUACGCAACAGGGACGAAAGAGAUCAAGUUAGUGCCUCCGCCUGGUUAUGGAUCCGCAACGAAGCCUGAGACGUCCGCGUGGUUUACCAAGGGGACUAUUGAAAGGUUUGUCAGAUUUGUGAGCACCCCGGAGGUACUUGAGCGUGUUGGCACUGUGGAAGCUGAAAUAAUACAGCUGGAUGGAGCCAUUAGAGAACAUGCAAUCGAAUCCACUAAGGCUGAUGCGUCGCAAUCCGACGUCGCAGUUGCAGCGCCAUCAGCAGCUAGCAACAUUCUGUUGACGGCUACGGCUGAUCAAGCGCCCACACCGACUCCGUCGAGGCGAAACUCCCUAGAUGAGGCCGAGAACCCUGCUCCUGAUGAUAAUUCUAGGCGCCGCCUGUUACGAGCCAUGGAAGCUCGGAAAAUGUUAUUGCACAAGGAACAAAGUAUGGCUUUCGCACGGGCAACUGCAGCAGGAUUCGAUAUGCAAAAAAUGGAACAUCUACUGGUGUUUGCAGAAUGCUUCGGCGCAAAACGCUUGGGUGACGCGUGUGUAAUGUUCACAAGCGUACAUAAGAAGAGCAAGGAAUCAGGAGUUUGGGACGAGAAUGAGUGGCCUCUGUCUGACACAGCAAGCCUUCGGAAUGUUCCCACGAGCCCUCAUUUUAGACCACGGGAAUCCGAUUUGUGGUCAGAUAUGCAUAGCGAGGCAGGUGACAAUAAGUUGGACGACCUUAGAGACGACGUUAGUGUUAGAUCCUACAGUAAUUACUAUGGUGAGGACCUUUCAAUGCGGGCCUAUUCUGGGGGAGAUUUUCUCAGAAAGAGAAGUCCUCUUGAAGGCAUGUUGAGUCCCAAUAGGACAAGGGAUUAUAAUGGGGAUUUUUCACGAUCAAGAGGAGGGUCUACUCGAACAAGUUGGGAUGAAGGAUCUAGAAUCGCUCAGAGUCUAGAGAUGGCCGGGAGAGCACAUGGCGAUGACAGUCUUCUGUUCUCGAAUGCGAGUUCUCGAAGGAUCACUUCGCUUGGUUCUCAACAUCCAGCCAUUUUGUACAAUGGGGAUGGUGCUAACGAAUUAGGAAUGGACUUUGAUGGAGGCAAUCGAAAUGGAUAUGCUCAAUGUCAGCGGCGUGCACGGGAAUCUUCUCCUCAAUUCUUAGCUCACCGAUUUUCCGGUGGUGUCAAGGUGGAAAGCGGCUCUCACUUACUCGGAAAUGACGGUUAUCACGCGACAGUUCAAGGGACUCUUAAUGCCAGCAAUGGUGGAAGUGCUUCCUUACAUAGGAGUGGGGAAAGCUUACCCAGCUGGGCUGCUGCUGCUUCAGGCCAGUCUGAUCAGCCUUGGCACCCUGGCUCAAUAGGACCUAGUGGGCAUGGUUUUCCUCGUCUGACGGUGCCUAAAUUCCAAGUACACGUGGAUGUAGGAAAUGGACACGUUCAGUCAACAUUGAGUGCUGAACCUGUGGUGAAGCCUCCAGAAGCCAAUGGUAACGUUCUCUCUUCUUCAGUAGCAGUCACGCAAGGGAAUAAUACGAGGCAGGAAGUGAAAGUGCAGGAGAUGGCCCGAAAUGAAAUUUCUGCACUUGGUAUUGCCAAUGUUGAUAAUUCAGCACCUUCCAGAGUAGAUCUGAAACGUCAUCCAGUAGCAGGGAGGGCUGGUGACCGAUCGCAGAAUAAACCUGUGGUUCGAAGGGCGUCAUCACCUCGACGCCGUUCAUCUUCCCCUAUGCGAAGGGUGCAAGUGGGACGGAAUAGUAUGCGGCGGUCUGGGGUCAUGUUGAAGAAUGCUAACUAUGCUUCAACUAAACAAUCUGGGAACACUAAAGUUACUCCCAAGGAGUUGGAACCAAGUGAUGAGGAGACAGAUGAUGUCCCUGGACCGCUAAAUGGUUCCCCUCUGCAACAAGUUCAUUCUAGAGUAGUGAAGCAAGGUUUCGGUUGGAAGGACGGGCUUCGAGUGGACACCAAUCGGGAUUCUCUCGCACAUGUGUCACGCGAACCUGAACAAAGUCCCAGUGCAGCAUCCUCUGGGUGGAACACGCCAGUGGAUUAUGAUAUAGAUUUUCCUGAAAAUGGUAGUGAGCAUGAGUCUACCGGGCAGCCUGGGACCCUGCUUUCUCCUAAAGAGCCUAAAGGAAGGUUUUACGAGCAGUACCGUGAAAAGAGAGAUGCUAAACUGCGGGAUGGUUCUGAAUCAAGGAAGGUGGAUACCAAUGCUAAACUGAAGUCUAUGGAAGUGGUCUUGGAGUAUCGGAAGGCAGAAAUGGCUGCUCGCAAAACAAGAGGGUCAGUUAGAGAUAAUUCUGAUGGGGAAGCCCAAGUUGUGGCAGAAAAAUCGCGAACCCCCAAGUCUGACUUAGCGAAGAGCAAGAAGCUAAAGAGUGAUGAUGAAGCUAAACGGCUUGAGGAAAUUGGGAAUCAGCGACGAGAAAGAAUCGCAGCCCGAAGUAGCCCAAGUCCGCCAUUGGCAGGUGCUGCUUCUGCUGUCUCCACUGCAUCAACAACAAGGGCCACCGCAAAGCAACCAACGACGCCGACUGCACAACCAACGCAUAUUCCUACUCCAUCUUUAACUCCUAAAACAAAGUCCAAUGCUGCUCGAAGAUUAUCACCUUCAAAGAGAGUGUCUCCUGGAACUCUUCGAGGACCUGUGAGCUCACCCGCAACUGCCGCCCCUGCCCUCAAAACGGUCCGAACAAAUCAGAGAAAGUCUCAGACUGCGCCCCAAACUAAAGAAGUUGAGAAUCCCAUGAGUAGAUCGGCGCCUUCCUUGGCUGAGUUGCGGAAAGAGAACACAAAACCUGGGUUGCCACGAAAGAGCACUGACAAUGAGCGACCCCGCAUUACAGGUAGCAAACUUCCUGGUACGCGCGGUGCAUCAACUCCUCUAGAACCCAAUGGGAGCGUCGUUGGUACUCGGGGAGUCGGUACCGACGAUAAGAAUCGGCGUGUUGGUACACGAAAAAGUGUUGCUGCUGUGGCGGAUUCUGCCACGGAAGCUCAGUUGUUGGUGCCCAAAACCCCUCAAGAUGAGCAGAGUGCCACAAGUAAGCCAAUUAAGCGACCUUCACCCACAUCAGCUGCAAACGUGGAGUCCAAACCUUUUCUACGGAAAGGUAGAGGGAUUGGUCCAGGAUCUGGGCCUGUGGUUCGCAAAUCUAAAGUAGGUGCUGCUCCGGAACCAUCGAAAGCUGAUGAAGAGGAGGCAGAUCAGAGUAUCUCUGACUCGGAACCUGAAUUUGCCAAGGCUGAACGUGAGGUUGGUGAGGAGGAUGAAGAUAAAGAAGCAAGUGUGCGCCCAGAUCCCAUAGAAGCAUCACAGGCCUGCACUUUGGAGAGACCUGAUAUUUCGACCACACGACCCAGUACAGCUCCUCAGAGUUUGGCUUCGGUUCUACAUGAUGACGAUGAGUCCAUAAGACCUGAAGAGUGGCAAGAGCCUGAGAUCUCGCAAGAUGGGUGCAGUUCGGAGGAUUUUUUUUAUAGAAAGUCGGACCAAGAUACCACACGUGCAGGAGUCCUGCUAGAAAACCAGCAAUCAUCAGCAUUGAGAUAUUUCUCGAAUGAGGGAUUAGAGAAUGAUUUCAUGGUGAAUACAAUCCCCAGCGGUACAGUAACACCUCCGCCAAGAUCGUCUCCAAUACAUUCAAUUCCUUUGAGGUCUUUGUCGCCCAAAGGGUCCGAAGUUCCGGAUCUGCACAAAGCCCAUCGAUAUUCAUCUGGUGAUAUCGCAACUUCGCCAUAUGUUCCUACUACGCCCGUAGCUUUUACCGACAGGUUUCCUGCUCAUGAUGGUCCCUUUUCUGUACCUUCUGGUGCCCCUCCUCUUUCUCCCGAAACCCAGACAAGUGCAAAGCUUCGGAAGAACUGGCUUAAUUCUCAGAAGAUCUCGGGACCGCCCACUGUGAAGGAAUCUACACGAGGCUUGAAAAAGCUUUUGAAGUUUGGUUUGAAAAAGAAGGACAAGGGCAGCGGUGUGUCAACUACAAGUGAUAGUCCCUCAGAUAUCGACGACGACUUUUUUGAUUCCGUUAGUGAGCAUGGAGGGCGGACGGAGGAGUUGACUAAUAUCGCACAGAGGAACCUUGGUUCUCGCGCGCCUUCCAAGGCUUCUGCGCUAACAGGACCUCCCGCGAUUCCUGAAGACUUCGCCACUGAAAAUGAGGAUGUUGGAUCCCGUCUAAUUUCAAUACCGUUUGUUAGAAGUGCCGUACCCCCUCUAGCACCAGUUCAUUUUAAGAUGCGGGAUGAACAUGUCGGCUCAAGUAGCCUUCUGAAAGCACCUCGAUCGUUCUUUUCAUUGUCAUCUUUUCGGAGUAAAGUUAAACAGUGAGAGAAGGAAUGGUUCUGGCUGGCAGUGACAUUUAAGGAUUUCUUGACCAGCAGGCCUUCAUGAUGUCUGUCAAGUUUCCCUGGCGCAUGCUUAAUUGCCCUAAGCUGCGAGAAUGCAGCUUCUGUCGUCAAAAUGAGGUCCGCAUUCACAGUUUUAUUUGCAUAAACAAGUUAUUCUGCCUUCGUAUAUGAAUCACUCGUGUCAUUCACAGUGUGUUCACCUAAUUUUGUGUAGAGAUAGCCCCCAGCUAUUGGAUUUUACAUAGAAUGUAAGGGAUCCCUCUCAGCCUUUCGUGGCAAGGCUCCUGAUACUAGUCUGCCCAUGUUUGUGGGGUCCUGUUUAGUAAGAUUGAUGAUUGAACUAAGUUUUCUUCUGUCCCCAUCAAGGACUUGUGGAUCUUCUUUUCAUUGUUUUUAUACUAGGAAAGCUCAUUUUCAAUUGAACAAUCCUAGUCGCA